CCCUCAGAAAUUUACUUUUAAAAUCAUAUCUUAGGCAUGUUGCAGAGCCUCUCGCGUGGAUUUCGCUCCCUAGGGCGCUGUGGCAGCCGGAUGGCCUCCACCCUGCCCACAAAUCAGGCGCAGCCGGGCGAGGAGGUGGAGGUCAGUGCGACGGUGAAGAGGAUUCGCGCGGAAUUGGCCGCGGACAAGCAGAAACUUAAGUGGCGGACUCCCAUUGGCGACCGACCGGAGGAUUGGAGCAGCAAGCUAAAGCUGUUCGCCAACGCCGAGCAGACCUCCGAUUUCAUUGUGAUGAUGCAGAAGCCCAUCGAUCUGAGUCCCAGGAACCUAAGGCAGUGGUGGGACAAUCGGGAGGAGCGGAUCGAGCGGCACAUGCAGCAGUUUGUCCCGGAAAGGCAUAAGAUUCUGGGCGCCGAACUGGCUGCGGCACAUUUCAUCCUCUACCGCGGUGGAGCCGCCAAGUUCCUCAACGAUUCCCGCUGGCAUCGAGCCACCGAGGACGGUGAAUUCAACCUGCCCAAUAAGUUUGAUCCCCGCUACAAGGUGGAGGCCUUGAGGUGUGACAACAUGGUCCUCUACUACGAGGGACUGGAGAAUCUGCGCUGUCUGGAUUCCCUCAAGUUUCUGUCCUUCCACAACGUCAAAACCUUCGACGACUGGUGUCUGGACAGGAUCUCGGGUGGAGGCUUCCCGCAUCUGGAAGUGCUCGACCUUUCGGGCACAGAAAUCACCACCAAUGGACUGUCCUGUUUGUAUCGCCUGCCGCAGCUUAAGUUACUAAUCCUCGAUGAUCCCAAGGAGACUCUGGAGUUGGAAUUGGCGACGGCCAUGCUGGAGGAGUCUAUGCCGGCUCUAAAAAUUGUGGGCGCUGAUGUUAUUCACAGCCAAGUCUAACUUUGUUAAAUGCAUAUACGACAUUUAUAGGAUUUUUAAAUUAAAUUAUAUAAAAAUAUUAUCA